AUGCCUGUCUGCCUUGAGCAACAAGUAACUACCCUCUCCGCCUUAUCUGCCUGGUCCGGAGCUAAAGUGGCCAUCUUCCAUGACCUCAAACACGCCCUUCCCCUGUCGUCAUCCCCCUUCAUUGCCUCGUGCCCUGGCCGUCAAUCCAUGAGCCAGCUGCUCUCGCACAUUUCUCUGUCCUCGCUGGGCGAGACGUGUGCAUCCUACUUAGACCACGUCACCACCAACCUUCCUCCGUCCUUGCACACUUUCCACCAUCAACUCAUCGCCACGCUCUCAUCAGCCAAAGACUCGACUCCCCUGCGCCUGCUUACGCCUUGGCCCGAACUACUAGCGGACCACCCGGACGCCGCAUACACCACACCCGUCGCUUACACCCUCAUCGUCUGUACAAUUGUCAUUCUCGUCAUGUCCUGGCGCACUCCGUUCGCCAACUUCUGGCGCCGCGGUUACACCAACGUCGACAAUACCCCCCAAGUCACCGACAACGACUACAGCUACAUCACACAAGAUGAUAUCGUCAACCCACCCGCAAACACGUAUCGCAAUCAAUACGCAGGAGCGGAGGACACCGAGCCCGACACUCUUAUUCUGAAACACCGCAAGGAAAAGUACGAUCUGCACUUCCCGGCUUACGCUAUCAACGACGGCGCCCUCAGCGUGGGUCAACUGAGACAGCGGGCAGCGGAGGCGACGCGCACCCCUGAUCCGAAGCGGAUCAAACUGCUCUACAAGGGGAAGUUGUUGGACAACGACUCGCUGCCGUGUCGGUCGGAGGGUCUCAAACAACAGUCGGAAGUGCUAUGUGUCGUCUCCGGAGUGGAGCCGGGGGAGAGCUCGCCCAGUGAAUUGUCCGAGGCGGAGGCUGACAGGAACGCGGAAUCCGCCCGUCAGGAGGGAUCUAGUCGCAAGAAGUCGAAGAACAAGAAGCGCAACAGCAAGAAUAAGAAGAAGAGCGGAAAGCAAGGCGACGGUUCAAAUAGCCUCCCACCUCCCGCCGAAGAACCUCCGCGCCCGUCCAACGGAACCGGCAUGCCGCCCCCAGCACCCAAUUUGAAGUCGUUCAACAACCCGAUCGACCAAGUGAACGCCCUGUCGUCGUAUCUGCAGCGGGAGCUUGUUCCUCUCUGCGAGGACUACAUCACGAACACACCGGCGGAUGCCAAGUCACGCGAGUUCGAGUAUAAGAAGCUGACGGAGACGAUUCUGGCGCAGGUUCUUUUGAAUGCGGACAACAUCAACCCCGACGGUGUGCAGGAAAUCCGUGAUGCGCGCCGGGCUCUUGUAAAGUCAGCUCAGAACGCGCUCAACAGUCUGGACCAGGUCAGCAGGACAUAAGACGUCGCGGCUGGCAAAUUAUGCAACUUUUGCUUUUUCUUCUGUACAUGAGCGAUGGGAAUAUUCCAGGGAAAGAUGAUCAUAAUAAUACAACGAAAUAGAGAACACAUUAACCUUUUGCUAUCUUCAUUUGCUUUGCUUUGUUAGGGUCUGUCUGUCGGGUGCCAUCCAGGAGCUAC